UUCAUAUCCCUGCUUAAGAUUCAUAUCGCUAAUAACAAAGUCACAAACCCUAAUGUUCUCCACCACCGUUUCCCUCUGCCAAACCCAAAUCUGCAAAUGUCACAUUCGAUUUUUCUUCUUCCAUCUCCACUGCCGCACAUGAUUUUGAGGUGAGGAGCAGAUGGGUGGAUUAUGUGAAAACUUUAAAUACUCCGGUCCGAGUCUCACGACCACAGGCUGACAUGGUUGCGACAACUGUUAUUCUGCUCCGACGAUGUAAUUCCCAACUCCGGUCCAAGUCUCACAACUACAACUCCUGCUACAAGCUAACGCUACACGAUCUGUUUUGUAUCAAUGGUAUUCUAAUUAUUUCAAGGAAAUACAUAAUGGGGUAGGUGGAUGAGUGAGAUUUUAAGACCUUGAUGAUUAAAGAUGGGGCCUCUGUAUGUAUAUUAAUGUAGGAUGUGUUUGUAUAUAUGUGUUAACAAAUGGGGUCUGGACACAAAAUUACGGGCAUACCUAAUUAGCUUUGGAUGCAAGAAGGAAAGCAAAGGCAUCUAGCAACUACAAGAGCCAAUUUUUAGCAAACAUGAGGGUUUUGUUUGUCGCACGUAUAACAAUUCAUGCACAACAGUUGUUUCGAACAAUAGUGGUUGAUCUGGGGAUGAUUGGUAGAGAUGGCACGAGAGGUGUUAGCGGAGACGGAAACGACGUCGUUGGAGGGGAUGCUGGUGAAGAAGAAAGGAACGGCGAGUGCACGGAGCUGGAUAUUGAUCGAUAGUGACGUGAAUGAGACGGUUAUGGAUAUUGAUAAGUAUGCAAUCAUGCAUCGAGUUCAGAUUCAUGCUCGUGAUCUCAGAAUUCUCGAUCCUCUUUUGUCUUAUCCAUCUACGAUCUUAGGCCGUGAACGAGCAAUUGUUCUUAAUUUGGAGCAUAUCAAGGCUAUUGUCACUGCUGAAGAGGUGUUGCUUCGAGAUCCUUGGGAUGACAAUGUAAUACCAGUUGUUGAGGAACUUAGGAGGAGAUUGCCUGUUGUAAAUGCCAACGAUGUUGAAACUGGUGAAGAAGAUGAAUCUCCGUUUGAAUUCCGAGCACUUGAGGUUUUCCUAGAGGCCAUCUGCAGCUUUCAUGCUGCCCGUACCACUGAACUAGAAACUGAUGCAUACCCAGCCUUGGAUGAGCUCACAUCUAAGAUCAGUAGCCGUAACUUGGAUCGGGUUCGUAAACUGAAAAGUGCAAUGACAAGGUUGACUGCUCGUGUUCAAAAGGUUAGGGAUGAACUUGAACGACUUCUAGAUGACGAUGAUGACAUGGCAGACCUUUACUUAUCAAGGAAGUUAUCUUCUGGUUCACCAGUAAGCGGGUCAGGUGCAGCUGGUUGGUUUCUUGGGUCACCCACUAUAGGCUCAAAGAUAUCUCGAGCUAGCAGGGCAAGUGUAAUUACGGUUCAUGGAGACGAGAAUGACGUUGAGGAGCUCGAGAUGCUUCUAGAGGCCUACUUUAUGCAAAUUGAUGGAACGUUAAACAAGUUAACAAGCCUGCGCGAAUAUAUUGAUGACACAGAAGAUUACAUUAACAUUCAGCUUGACAAUCAUAGAAAUCAGCUAAUUCAGCUGGAGCUCUUUCUAAGUUCGGGAACCGUAUGUAUGUCAAUAUAUGCUUUAGUGACUGGCAUAUUUGGGAUGAAUAUGCCUUACACGUGGAACGAUGAUCACGGCUACAUGUUUAAAUGGGUGGUGAUUGUGUCGGGUGCAUUUUCUGCAGUUCUUUUUCUACUGAUUGUUUUCUAUGCUCGAUUUAAAGGGCUCGUUGGAUCUUGAAUCUGAUUACAAAAGUUGAACUCUUUCAGGCACGAAAGUACUAAUACCGACUCUCUAGUCUCUUGCUUGUUUUCGUUCUUUUAUUUCAAGACGAAGAAGGAGAAGCAAUACAAACUCGAGGUUGAAUAUCCAAGUUGGACCGACUGUCGUGGUGACAUGGAAAUCAUUGGUUCACCUCAGUUGUCUAUGAAUCUUGAAGAGAGAAUCCCUUUCAAGCUAUAUUGCACUUCUUUCUCUUUAAAUUUGGCUUGUAGAUUUCUGUAAUUUGAAUGGUGGUACAACAGACUAGGGUUUGUAGGGUGAUUCUGUUUGACCAAUUGUCGCGCACCUGAACACGAUUUGUAUAUGUAUUUGUGUAAAGACUAUUCGUUUACCCGCGCGAUGCGGCGGGAGUGGCGAUUUACAAUGGGAUACUCGUUUACCGUUAGUUUAUCA